UGCAAAAGUUGUAUCUACCUUUUAUCAUAGAUUAAUAAAUUAAUGUUGAAAAAACCCGUACAAUAGUAUUCCAUCAUUUCUAGAGAAUUGUUAGUUUAUCACUAUCUGUAGUGCGGUGGCUGAAUUGGAAUAUAUUUCUGUUGAUUUUCUCCAGAAGAAUGUCUUUUAAAUACCCAGAACCUGCAAGAGAUGAAUCAAUCAAAGACACCUAUUUUGGAACUGAGGUUACCGAUCCAUAUCGUUGGUUAGAAGAUCCAGAUUCUGAGGAAACUCAAGCUUAUGUUAAUUCCCAAAAUGCCAUCACUCAGCCUUAUCUGGAAAGCUGCCCACACAAACUUCAAAUUAAGAAAAAGAUUACACAAUUGUGGAAUUAUCCUAAGAUGUCAACCCCAUUUAGACAUGGAACAAAGUAUUACCAAUUCCGAAACACAGGGCUUCAAGAUCAAGGUAUUAUAUAUACAAUGGAUAAAUUAGAUGAUGAAGGGAAGAUAUUUUUAAAUCCAAAUACAUUUUCUGAAGAUGGUACAGUUGCAUUGUCAGGAACAUCAUUCUCUGAAGAUGGCAAAACGUUUGCUUAUGGUUUAAGUUCUAGUGGAUCUGACUGGGUUGAAAUUAAAUUUAGGAACGUAGAAACGGGUACGGAUCAUGAUGAAAUCCUCAAGAAAGUGAAAUAUUCUCCAAUGGCUUGGAUGCAUGAUAAUAUAGGUUUCUUUUAUGGGGGAUACUUACACCAAACUGGUAAGACUGAUGGUUCUGAAACCAAAUCUAGUGAAUACCAAAAACUUUAUUAUCAUAGGUUAGGAACUGAUCAGUCUAAGGAUGUUAUGGCUGUGGAAUUUGAUGAUCAUCAACUUAGAAUGGGUGCUCAUGUGAGUCACUGUGGAGACUACUUAAUUGUAACCCCAAUUAAAGGGUGCAAAAAUAAUUUAUUAUAUUUCUCAAAGUUUAAUAGUACUAGAACAAUUACAGGCAAACUAGACCUUACUCCUAUAGUCACAUCAUUCGAAGCCGACUAUGAGUAUGUGACCAAUGUGGACACCAAAUUCUAUUUCCGUACAAACAAAAACGCACCAAACUAUAGGAUAAUAGUUAUAGAUCUUGAAAAUCCAGCUGAAGAUAACUGGACGGACCUGAUUCCUGAACACACAAAGGAUGUGUUAGAUUGGGCUCAUAUUGUUAACAAUAAUAUGCUGGUAGUUUGCUAUCUCAGGGAUGUAAAGAAUGCCAUGAGCAUUUACGAUUUAAAGACUGGUAAAAAGAUCCACGAUUUCCAACUUGAUGUUGGAAGUGUUUCUGCAAUUACAGCUAAACGUUACCAUAAAGAAAUGUUUUACAGUUUUUGCUCCUUCUUAACACCUAACAUUAUUUACAAAGUUACAUUUGAAGAUGAGAAGAUCAAGGAAAAAAUGUGGCAUGAGACGAAGGUGGGAGAUUUUAACUCUUCAUUAUAUGAAACGCAGCAAGUAUUUUAUAAAAGUAAAGAUGGUACAGAGAUUCCCAUGUUUAUAGUAAAUAAAAAAGGUUUAGUUAAAGAUGGUUCAAAACCAUGUCUGCUGUAUGGCUAUGGAGGUUUUAAUGUUAACCUUACUCCUGCAUUUGGGGUAACCCGUUUAGUAUUUAUAAAUAACUUUGAUGGAAUUUUUGCUCUGGCCAAUAUUAGAGGAGGGGGUGAAUAUGGUGACACCUGGCACAAUGGUGGCCGUUUUGGAAACAAACAAAACUGCUUUGACGAUUUCCAGUAUGCUGCGAAAUAUCUAGUCGAGCAAAAUUACACCACAGUAAAUAAACUGACGAUUCAAGGAGGUUCUAAUGGUGGGCUUUUAGUGGCAGCUUGCAUUAACCAAGCUCCCCAGUUGUUCGGAGCAGCCAUUUGCCAAGUGGGUGUGCUGGAUAUGUUACGUUAUCACAAAUUUACCAUUGGUUAUGCCUGGAAGUCUGAUUAUGGGAGCUCUGAAGAAGAAGAUCAGUUUAAAUAUUUGUAUAAGUAUUCCCCAUUGCAUAACAUUCAUAUACCACAGGACUCAUCUCAGCAAUAUCCAGCAACUCUUUUGAUGACUGCUGAUCAUGAUGACAGAGUUGUGCCGUUACAUUCACUGAAAUUCAUCGCAGAAUUGCAGCAUCAAGCUGGUAAAUCAUCGUUUCAAACAAACCCGUUGAUGAUCCGUAUAGAGACAAAAGCUGGACAUGGAGCAGGAAAACCUACUUCCAAAGUUAUCGAUGAAGUGGCUGAUUAUCUUGCAUUUAUCUCGAAGAGUUUGUCGCUGAAAUUUAUUGAAUAAAAUCAAACACCAUCAUGUUUUUAAAAUUUUAAAUUUGUACCUUUUUUGUUGCCAUGUGUAUCUAAAGUCUUUGUAUUUUAUAUAUUUUUUCAUUAUAUUUAUAAUUAUGUAACAUGAUUGAUAAUACACACAAAUGAAUAAAUUUUGUAUGAAAG